AUCUACCGCAUCAUCAUGACCCCUAAAAAAAGAGGCUUCAAUAGCCUCAGGCUACCAGACAAAUGGUAUAUAAAGGCAAUCCUCCAAGGCUUUCUACAACAACUGAUCUUUCAACCUGCUUCUUCAAGAAUCAGACUAUCUUCCAAGCCCAGCAAGAUGUCUCGCAGUGGUGGAUAUGGAGGAAACCAAUGCUACGCCAGCUGCCCUGCCUCCACGGUGACCAUCCAGCCACCUCCAUUUGUCCUCAACAUCCCCGGCCCUGCUCUCUACUGCCCCGACCAACCUUUCCGCAUUGAGCAGUUCAACCCCUGCGCCGGACGUGGCGUGAGAGGUGGCAAUGCCUUGUAUGCCAGUGGUGGCUCCAACUUUUCUGAAUUCUACACCCCAGCUUUGCCAAGCAACAACUUCAACUACAGCACUUACUAAUACUAAACCCAGCAGAAAUGGCCACAGAAGAAGACCAUGGAAGAGCCAAAGAGAUGACAUGAACUGCUUGUUUUGGUUACUACAGAUAGAGGAGAAUUGUCCAGCCAUUCCCUCUUUCCAUCAUUUAUUUUUAGGACUUCUUCACCAUCUCAUUAUUUAUGGACUUUCCUUCCAUUUCUAGCAAAUUAUUCAAUUUGUGACUUUUCUCCACUCUGGGUGGACAAAAGACAUAAUUUAGAAUAUGGCGCACAAUAUUCCACAUCCUAUCAACCUUCUUGCUUUGGCUACAUGUCAUGUUGGUUUGCUUUAACAUUAAAAUAUUGCUUGCAUCCAAAA